ACUUGCUCACAGCAGCCUGUUGUGAAUGUAUUGGCAGUAGCAAGUCUCUAUAGCAGCAGCAGCAGCAUAGCAAAUCUAUUCCACCAAGACCAAAUACUCUACGAGAGUUUUCUUGACAGAAAUAUAUUUAUAAUGUUUUUGUCUAUGUUAUUGUGCUGGCCAAUGUUACACCCAUUUGAACUUAUUCUGACACCUAGUGCAAUGGAUCCAGCAGAUGUGAUAAUCACAGUUAGGCAUGAUUUAUUUAUGUGAGUGAAAGUGUCCAGUAACCACAUGUACAGGUGUACAUGACUGAUCAUGUGAUCUCCACAUGGCAGCCUCCAUGAGGCAACCCAUUCCAAAAUAAAUAAGCCUUUUAGGGGCCAUUUACACAGAACAUGUUUUUUUUUUUUUUUUUUUAGUUUGACUAUAUUUUGAUUUUAGAUCUGUAUUCUUUUUAUUUUUUUAAUUUUUUUAUUGCAAUGUCAUGCGCAUGACGAUGCAUAAGACAUGAGUGCAGAGGUCAAAGACAUCCGUCUGUUUACAUGAUAAUCAAUGGAAAAGUAGCUAAGUGCAAAAAUGUGUUCUGUGUGAAUGGUAACUAAUAGUACAGAUAUGUCUUGAGUCUUCAUUUCUACAUUGUUUGCACGUUCAUCAUUUAUAAAAAUAAAUAAAUAUUUACUGAAAAAACUUACUGGAAUAUGUAUGUAUUUAUGUAUGUAUGUCUCUUUUAAGAUUUCUUGUUCUUUUUCCCAUCUGGUUUUCUGUCAUCAGUAAGAACAAGCAUGGCUGUGACACCUGCCGUUGUAGGAAAUGCCCUGAACUGCCAUGUGACAGGUCCUGUCCAAUGGGCUUCCAACAUGAUGAGUUGGGCUGUCUGAUUUGCCAGUGUAAAGAUCAGAGCUCAUCGUCCGUGGCUCCAGCAGUGAAAUUGGGCUCCUGCCUGUCUAUGGACGGCCGCAGACACGAGAACGGGCAGAGCUGGCAUGACGGAUGCAGGGACUGUUACUGCCAUGCCGGGAGAGAAAUGUGUGCCCUUAUUUCUUGCCCGGUUCCCCCCUGUGAUAACCCCACCAUCCGACCUGGCCACUGCUGCCCUACCUGUCCAGAAGAGUCCAGUUCCCAUAAACCGGAGCUGAGUGAGGCGUCCGUGUGUUUGGCUCCGGGUGGAGAGUACUUUGUGGAGGGAGAGACGUGGAACAUUGACUCCUGCACUCAGUGCACCUGCCACAGCGGCCGUGUGCUCUGUGAGACGGAGGUGUGCCCGCCCCUGCUCUGCCACAGUCCAAUCAGAACGCAGGAUUCCUGCUGCCCUCACUGUCCAGAUGAUCCAGUCACCCCUCAGGCGCCCAGUAACGACAGCAUGCCCAGCUACUGCAGGAAUGAGGAUGGUGAUAUCUUCUUGGCUGCUGAGUCCUGGAAGCCCAAUGUCUGCUCCAGCUGUGUGUGUCUAGAUGGAGCCAUCAGCUGCUUCUCUGAGUCCUGCCCACCGGUCACCUGCGUCCGGCCCAUGCUCAGGAAGGGCCAGUGCUGCCCAUACUGUCUAGAUGCCACGCCGAGGGCCGUGUGUCAUUUCAAUGGGAAGACUUACAUGGACGAGGAGCGAUGGGACAUUGACAGCUGCACUCACUGCUACUGCCUACAAGGCCAGACCCUCUGCUCGACUGUCAGCUGUCCCAUCUUACCCUGCCGUCAGCCGGUCACCGUGGAGGGCAGCUGCUGCCCCAUGUGUCCAGAGAGUUAUGCUCCCACAAACGUGCCCAUCGAGAAGACGGACCAACGAGGAGACAAGCUGAGACAUCAACCAGCCUGGCCGACUCAUAGCGAAAACGAUAUUAUGCCACAGUUCAGAGGUGACUUCGGAAGUCUGCAAUUGCCCUACCUAGACGGCAAAGCACCACUACCCAGUGAGGAUGCUGGUCUGCACUGGGCCUGGGUGGCACUGCCCAUCCUCAUGAUGAUGCUCACUAUCGCCGCCCUGCUGUUGGUCAACCAGCAUAAGCAGUGGAUCCCUGUGCCUUGCUACCACACUCCCAAUAAGCCCACAUGCCUCAAUAACCAGCUGGUGUAUGUGGACUGCCAGAAGGGGACGAAGGUCCAGGUGGACAGCUCCCAACGCAUGCUCCGCAUCGCAGACCCUGACUCAAGAUACAGCGGUUACUACAGCAUGCAGAAACACAACAACCUGCAAGCUGACAACUUCUACCAGACCGCGUGAGACACUGGAGAGAGAGACAGAGUGAGUGAACUGGAAAGAGAGAGACUGAGCCCGUGUUCAACUGCCAAACCUUUGCGGCACAUGGACACCUACUAAAAAAUUGUAGAGACGGACAAAACCACCAAACCAUGUGGUCAGAGAAGAGACCCUGAUACCGAACAACAAUUAUAAUAUUCACAUAAGUCACUCGGAACAAAUCGAAAAAAUAUAUCACGCGUCGACACCCGAAAGUCUCAGCAGGAGAUGGAAGCCGUACCUAUGUAACCGAACCAUUACGGAGUGUGAUUGUUAAAUUGGAGAGGACUCUUCCAGAAUAUUUUUGUGAAUCAGAGGUAUGGUAGGUUGAGCAUCUUUUGUGUGUAAGCGUGAGAUUUCGUGGAUGUUCAGGCACAAGUUGAAGAUAGUCGUGAAGUCAAAUGCAAGUUUUUGGGAGUAGUACAACUGGGGUGUUGUUUUUGGUUUGUUUUCAACAAUAUUUUUUUCCUGCAUUCCUAACUUUUUUCUGUUGGAAAAGAGAGAAAUUAUUUUAGGAGUGAUAACUUUUGACACAAGUGCUUGUGUGAACACUUAAUGCUGAACCAAAGCUCCUCUGUCUACGAAAACCAGACCGGGCGAGAGGCCACGAAAGGGACGUUCACUUCCCUGAGACGGAAGAGAAGCUGGACUCUGUAUAAAGCACAGCAGAGAGAAGGGUAGAGGGAAAAAAGAGGGAAAAUCAGAUGUUGUUUUUCCACAGAUGCAUUUUUGUAGAAGAUGCUACUGUAAGAUUGUGAUUUCCCCAGUUGCUGUGGGUGAGUUUGUCCUUUUUUUGUUUUGUUUGUUCUCUUUAAAAGACAAAAGGAGGAAAACAGAGUAAGCUGCCCUGUGGAUAUGAGCUCUUCCUGUUAAUGGAUGUGUGGGGUCUAUAUGUUGUAUUUCUGCUUACAUGUACAAGCAUUUUCCCAUUUAAUCAUACAAACACCAUUUGCUUUUUCUCCCACAACUAAGGGCAGAUUGACACUCCUAGCAAAUCUAUAUUUUCCUGAAAUGAAUCAGAAGAUUGUAAAAUGAGAAGCAGGAACAUAGUGAUAGUGGAUUGGAUUUGAGGCUAUGCUUUACAAGUGCUGCUUUUUUUGCUUUGAUUCUUUUAAACCUCAUUUUGUAGGGAUGAAAACCAGUAUUGUUUGCGUCUUUAAGAAACGUUUACCAAGAAAACAGAAUCAAAGGGCCUUAUUGCUGAAAUCCGAGCAGAAUGGAUUUUUGUGUAAAUCGCUCCAAAAAAAAAAAAAUGAUUCCCAUGUUUAAAAAAUGUUGUAAUGUUCAUGUACAUUUCUAACUGGGGUGUAAGAGUACACAUAUUUUCACCAAAAAAAAAAAAAACGUUGCUUCAGGACACAUUUUAACAACUGCAUGUGUGUGUGGAACGCAUAACGUAUAGAAAUCGUAAGGGAUAUCAAUAUAUUUUCAAAUGAUAUAUAGGAGAUUUUGGACAGUACCGUUUAUAUCGAUUUACUUUGUUGUGAACACAUUUGAAAAUUAACGCAGAACAAAAAGUGAGCUGCAGCGGGGGGGGGGGGGGUAUUCCUAAACAUUAAACAUGCUUUAUAUAUUAAGAGUUUCAAACUAAUUAUGCAGUUUUCCCUCUUUUCAGAUGUGUGAUUCCUAAUGCACUUAAGAUGUGUUUUCAUCAGCACAUGGAAGCUUAGUUUUAUAUUUAUGUGUUAAAGUUAAAAAGUCACGUCAGUGUUUCCAUUUUGCAAGAAGGCUCACCCUGACAGCCAAUGAGUAUCCAUCAGACUUCAAGGGAUAGUUCACCCAAAAAUUUAAAUUUGAUGUUUAUCUGCUUAAAGAUGUAGGUGACUUUGUUUCUUCAGUAGGACACAAACAGAGAUUUUUAACUGAAACUGUUGUAGUCUUUCAGUCUUAUAAUAUAAGUAGAUGUGAAUCAUGACUAAAACAUACACUAAAACAAAAACCUAAACAAAACCAAAUUAAACCCUGCGGCUCGUGACGAUACAUUGAUGUGUAAAAAUACAAAACGAUCAGUCUGUGCAAGAAACUGAACAGUAUUUAUAUCGUUUUUUUUACCUCUGAUUCACGCAAUGUCCGACCUGUUAGAACUCUCCUAAGCACGUCCUCCUGAGUGCGUUCUCAAGCAGGCACGUGAGGAGGCUUCUUCUUCUUGCUCAAUUAGGAGUUUCAGUGGUGCAUUUGAGAGAUAGAUGGUGGUAAUGCACUUAUAAGUCUCAGAGCUGCCUUAAAGCAAGAAGAAGAAGAAGCCUCCUCAUGCGCCUGCUGUUGAGAACACGCCCAGGAGGACACAUUUUAUUGUAUGUUUUAGCCGUGAUUCCCAUCAACUUACAUUAUAAGACUAAUAGACUGCAACUGUUUGACUUAAAAAUCUCAGUUUGUGUUCUACUCAAGAAACAAAGUCACCUACUGAACAUCUUGGAUGCCCUGGGGGUAAAGCCCAAUUUACACUCCUGCCACGAACCUAUGCCGUAGCUACACCAUAGGCGAUGUGUAGUACGCCAUAGCCUGACGUGCACCUCUCCAAAAAUCUAACAGACUGCAAGCGCUGUGAUUGGUCUGCUAGAUCCCCUACCUCCGUAUGUACUUGACAUUAGUGUGUGUUUAUGUGCACAUUAAUAUAUUUUAAUGUUACUUGUUCUUAUAUAAAAUAAAACAAAGCAAAGAACAAGUGUCUUAUCAUUUAUUAUUCUACAUAGCAUUAUACUUCAGUACCGUAUUUUCCGGACUAUAUGUCAUACUUUUUUUUCAUAGUUUGGCUGGUCCUGCGACUUAUAGUCAGGUGCGACUUAUUUAUCAAAAUUAAUUUGACAUGAACCGAGAGAAAUGAACCAAGAGAAAACAUUACCGUCUACAGCCGCGAGAGGGUGCUCCUGUAGUCUGCACUGAAAACAUAGAGCGCCCUCUCGUGGCUGUAGACGGUAAUGUUUUCUCUUUGUUCUUGGUUCUAAAUAAAUGCGACUUAUAGUCCAGUGCGACUUAUAUAUGUUUUUUUUCCUCAUCAUGAUGUAUUUUUGGACUGACGCGACUUAUACUCAGGUGCGGCUUAUAGUCCGAAAAAUACGGUAGUUGUCCGCAUCCAACAAUGUUGAUCUGCCAUAGUACAAGUCCUUGUGCAGAUUGAAAGAAUACCAUCUUCUCCUGUUCCGUUGUUGUCUCCUUUUGUACUUUUAAAUAAAGAUUUUAUAUUUAUUCUCCACUGUCGCACCUAUAAUGCUUCUCUGAUGAGCCGCUUCUUCUUCGGCUUUUGUCGUAGUCUGCAGGUUACACCAGCAACAUGCCCAUGGACACUGCAGACUAGCGGUUUGUAUGUUUACUGCAUGUCAACGCGGACAACGACGCAAAAGUAUAAAUGAAAACUGAAACGCUAAGAAAAGCUAAUUUAAAAAAAAAUGUGGGUGAACUAUCCUUUUAACAGACUUUACUGAAGGAUCAGCAAUGCAUCUAUGCACAUCAAACAGUCAGAGCACAUUCAUUUUUAAUAAAAUAUUUUGCAUCCAAAAGUGGAAACACUUCAAAUCUCUGAUGGAAAACUAGUAGUUCUGCAUUCUAUUUACUAUUUAAGGCUUUUUUAAUAUCAAUUUACACCAAUAUUAAACUGUUCUAUGAAGAAUUGACAAAAAGUUGCAAUUUGUCUACAGUUUAUAAUAGAAUGGUUCUACGAGCAAUUUACACAGAAAUUUUGCCAGUGUUUCAUUGAUGAGGUCCAAAGAAUGAUCAAAUUACUUUUAGUAGGGGAACUGAGAGAAACGCAUACUAUUUUUGGAUAAAUGUUUCGCGUUUUCUUCAUUUGUACUGUUCACGAAACUGCCUCCUUUUCUGGAAGCUUUGAAUCAUUACUGAGGCACCUUUGUGUUCUGGUUUUCUAGCUGCGAACAAAUUUGGCUUCAAAAAUCCAAAGCUAUUAUAGGAACAUUUAUGUACAUAUUAUUGCUAAAGUGAAAAGACCUGAAAUAUUAUGUGAGUGUAUAUGUAUGUGUGUAUGUAUAUGUGUUCGCAUGUACGUAUGAGUGCGCGCACACAAAUGCACAUGUACGCACAUGUGACUUCUCUUCAUCGGUAAGGUUCUUAGUUCAUUUUCCUAAUGAAUGUAUUUAUGAUUGAACAAAAAGAGAUUUAUAUAAUGGCAAACUGAUGAUGACAGGCUUUCCAUUGCCUUUCUUGUUUAAUGGUAAUUAAAAAAGCACAGACGAUGGUGAUACAGAAAGAAAGACAAACAUCUCAUUCUAUCUUUAUUUUUGUGUGUAUUUUUUUCCCCUUGUUUUCUCGUAGAGUUUUGCUCAGUUGACCGUUUAGGGCCCAUACUUUGGCUAUGUUUAAACAGGCAAAACUAAUGUUUUGUCUUAUCCAACUUGAAAUAGUUUUUGUAGUGUGAAAUAUAAGACCACAAGAAAUCAAUUUUUACUGAUUACAGUGUGGACAGCCAAUUCUAAAGAUCAGAAUCGUGAUUCUAAGAAUUGUGAUCUCACAGCUGACAAAAACGCACUCUUUUCAUUGUUUGCUGUCAGGAGUCCCUUAAGGUGUCAGAGCUACUGGAAGGUUGAUGGACAUAAGCUGUUGAAGUGAGGGGGCGGGGUCAGGUGAGGGGCAUGGCAGUGGGCGGGGAGAACGGGUGGGGCUGGUUAUUUGUGAUAGUUUGUCUUGGGGUGUAUCUUUAUCCGUGUGAUAUUGUUUGUAAAGCUAUACAACUUGGCACUUUUAUAUAUAGAAGGAAGUAACCUGUGUGUUUCUUUCUUAUUUUGCUUUUCUUUGAUAACUAAUCUUUUUAGUAUAACGAGUUGCCCUUCUUUUUUUCCCUAAACUCUUGUGGGACCCUGUCAAGUUCUCUUGAAAACACUUCCAAAAAACAUUUCACCCUUAAAUCAAAUAUUAGAUUUUGAAGAAAGAAAAUCAAGUUUUUUUUUUAAGACAACUGACAAUUUGCAUUGUGGCAUUAUUUUUUAUAACAAUUAAGCACAUUUUCUCUGGGACAUUUUUUUCAAUUUAUAAUUAUUAUUUUUUAUUAAAUGCAGAGUCGAGUGAAUAAUUUGGCUGUGGCCUGAUUCAAAUGAGUGGCAUUGUAACCAAUAAUCAUUUUAUAAAAAAAAAUUUAUAAAAAAAAAUUGUUUAAAAUUGUAUAAUAAUAAUUAUCAUUAUUGAUUUAUCGCCCAGCCCUAAUUACAGUGAUAGGUGUUUCUGUAUUGCAGUAAUGAUAGUUGUUAUAAAGAAUGUGCUUAAUUGUCAUGAAAACUGUCAUGAAUUAAUCACAAUGUAAACAUUUAUAAUUUUCUUUUGCUUUUGAUGAUGGGCUGAAAUGACCCAGAUGUUGGUUUUGUGGGAUUCACCCACUUAUACAUUUGUUUUAGAACUUUUUUAAUUGCAGCAUUCAGUUCUGUCAUAAAUAAUAGCCAUGUGUUCACAGUAUCACUCACUGUAUUAUGAUCACAAUGCUAUAAAGUCGCGGUUUAGUCCUAAUUCAUGCACAUAAAUGUCUAGAUGUAACUGAUAUGUACUUUUUAACUCGCAAGGCUUGCUGUUGAGGAUUUAAGACUAAUUACAAAGAUUUGGACCUUCGUUCCUGUUUAUUCUUUUCCCACGUUUCUGUUUUGUGGAAGUUAAACAAUUGAUUGGUAGUCCUGGCUUCCAGUCACGGCCAAUCAAAAAGCAACAGAAAGAAAAUAAACAAGAAUUAUUAAUGGAU